AUGGCUACCACCAACGGCAACCUCCACAGCCAGGACUACACACCCUCGAAUGAGGCUUCCGAGCAAAUCCAAUCGAGUAGCUCCAACCAUGAUCUGACCAAGGAUGAGGUGGGCUGGUACUUCGUGGAACAAUACUACACGACACUUAGCAAGAACCCCGACAAGCUUCAUCUCUUCUACGGCAAGCGAUCUCAGUUCGUGUUCGGAGAAGAGGCCGAGGUCGCCAACAUUUCCGUCGGACGUCCUGCCAUCAAGGAGCGAAUUAAGGAGCUCGAUUUCCAGGAGUGCAAGGUCCGCGUUUCCAACGUCGACUCUCUCGCCUCUUCCCAGGACACUAUCCUCAUCCAAGUCAUCGGUGAGACUUCCAACAAGAAGUCUGAGGAACCCAGGAAAUUCGUUCAGACCUUCGUUCUUGCCAAGCAGCCCUCUGGAUACUUCGUCCUGAAUGAUAUCUGGAGGUACAUUAAUGACGAGGACGAGGAGGCUGCCGAGCCCGCCCAGGAGCCAGAGGCCACUGAACAACAAACCGCCGCUGUCGCUGAGGUUCCGGCUGUUGUUGAGGCUGCUGCCGAGGAGCCCGCCGAGGCUGGGGAGGCGAAGGAAGAGGCUGAUGAGACUCCCGCCGCCCUCGAGGCCGAGAGUGUAGAUAAGAAGCUGGAGGAGGUUGCCGAGGCUGAGGCCGCGGCUGAGACUGUUGCCAAGGAGGCCCCUGUUGAGGCUCCCAAGGCGGAAGUCGCCCCCAAGGUCGAGGCUUCCGAGCCUGCCGCUGACGAGGAGAGCGUCUCUGAAGAGGCCGCCGAGGAAAAGGCCCCCGAGAAGCCUAAGGAGCCUGCUCCUACUCCUGCUGUCCCUAGCGCUAAGGCACCUGCCGCGGCGGCACCUGCGCCCGCCCCCGAGCCCGAAAAGCCCGUUCCUGCUAAGCCCUUGACUUGGGCUAGUCGUCUCGCCGCUGCCGCCGGCCCUCGACCCCCCGUUGCCCUGCCCAAGACCGCUACGCCUCCUGCUGCGACUCAGGCUAGGGCCCCUGCCGCCGCUGCUGUCCCCAAGGCCGCAGCUGCUCCCGCCCCUCAGCGAACCGAACCCACGCCUGCCCCCGCCCCUGCCGCGGCCCAGGAAUCGACGUCGUCUGGAAACGAGUGGCAGACCGCCGGUAGCGAUUCGAAGAGGCAGAACAGGCCUCAGUCGAUGAUUGCCCAGUCCGAGGACAAGGGUACUCUUGGCUACGUCAAGUAUGUGACUGAGAAGGUUCGGGAUGUCGAGUUGAGGGCUGCUCUCUCCCGCUACGGUGAUCUCACAUACUUCGACAUUAACCGCGAUAAGAACUGCGCCUUUGUCGAGUUCGCCACUCCCGAGGGCUAUAAGGCAGCCGUCGCGGCUAACCCUCACGUCGUCAAUGGCGAGAACAUCGUCGUCGAACAGCGCAGGCCCAAGUCGACUGCUUACGGUGGCGCCCAGUACGCGGCCAACCGUGGCAGUGCGUCCGGCAGGGGGGGACGUGGUCGCUACGAUGGCAGCCGCUCCGGCAGCCAGGGCGGCCCCAAGGCUCCCUUCGGUUCGCAGACUAGGGGUCGUGGUGGUGCCGCUGCUCGAGGAAAGGGCCCUUCGCAGUCGGCCAACGCUUAA